AUGGAGGAGCAUAUUUUCGGUUCCAUCCCCAAGUCGAUUGGGGAUAAGUUCGAUGUGGUCGCAGAUGUGCUGGAUGCGGCAACAGACAGCUGUGGGCUGCGCCUGCUUCCAUUUGGGGUGGAGGGCACUUUGCUCGGCAUUGGGCUCCCCUUGCGUCGUGUUUCGAUUUACGGUUUGGAGGUUCAAGAACCUUUGGCCCCUUUCUUGCUUGAGCUCUGUGCUGGCUUUGGCGGCAUGUCCAUCGGUGCCUCCUUCUUUGGUGCUGUCCCUGUCGUCUCAGUGGAUUUCUCGCACACAGUGGCCGUGCAAGCGUCUUCGGUGGUGGACUUUGCUGAUCCCGUCCUACCGCAAUGGGGGACUUGGAGUGAGCCGGACGAAACUGAGCUCCAGUUGGACAUGGAGGAGCUCUCUCUCUACAUGGACCCCAGGGAGGUUGCCGCUUUGCUUGGUGUCCCAGACUCAGUCCUGCUUCCCUUGGGACCUCGGGAAAGCAAUUGUCUUUUGGGCCUCAUUGCGUCGCCUAUCCAGAUGGUUUGGAUCUAUGGCACCUUGGUUGAGAACUACCAAAUGGCUACUGGCUCAGAAGAGGUCCUUACGGCACUGGCCACCUUGGAGAACUAUAAACGUGAGCUGCUUCGGCAACUACAUGGGGGAUUUCCAGCUUUCGACACACCGCCUUGGCACUUCCAGCUUUGGUCCAAUGGGUCAUGCCUUGAGAUCCUGUGCAGCAGGGCUUCAACAGCAGGUUCAUUGGAAUGGGGUCAUCAUGGUCAGAUCUCCGAAGGGGGAUGCCUUCCCAUCUCUGAUGACUCGCUCCUGCAAGCACCGGGGCCUUAUCUACUUGAGAGUCACGGAAAGCAGCAAGCGAGGGAACGACCCACUGGACUCUUGGCCAUUGGCAUCGCUCAUGAGCACGAGCUGAUCAUCGAGUGCGUUGAGCCCGGCAGCUUUCUCUUCCAGGUGCUACGCAAGCAUAACUUGCAGCGCAUCCUGUUUCUGCGAGAUGACCUGGGCAGGGUCUAUGGCGCCGACUUCAGGCUUUGGCGGUCCUUGAGGCUUCUCACACUACCAUGGAUUGUCAGCGGAUGGCACACCUUGGUCGGCAGAGGACCACCUACCCAUGACACAGAUGGAGCAAGGCUCGGCCUGGGCGAUCCCAUCAUUUGGGCUACACUUCAGAGUCUGGUUCGGCAGUGUGGGCUCAUGGCUGCUGGCCCGGUCUGGGUGUUCUCACCCAAGCAAGCGAACACUCUGCUGCGCACCUCCAUUCCACAAGGGCUCGAGGCAAGGGUCAUCCAGGGCCCUGCACAGGUCAUUUGCAUAUUCCCGGCUGACGAGCACUGGGCUUUACUUCAUGGAGUCAUUCAAAAUGGCAGCAUUCAAUGGACUUACUUCGAUGGACUUCGUGAUCGGCUUUUGGAUGUCGCUGUUCGGCUUUCUCAGCAGCUUGCCAUUUUGCUCGGUGCAUCAGUCACAAGCUUCGCUUCGACCACGCAUUACACCCAGCAGGCGGAGCACACAUGCGGCACCAUUGCUUUGCUCCAUGCUUGCCUUGUCUUGGGCUUUCCAGGUGGAUUUACUGAGGACAACAUCAAUCGGAUCCAUGGACACCUUCUUUUACAUGAUCGGAAGGCGGACUUCACUGGCUAUGGGCCACUUGGGCGGGCAGACACCCUUUCAGAGCUUGCCAGCCUUCUAAGCGAGCAUGGAGUCCCUGCUGAACAUUCGAGGGAUCGAGCAACUUUGGUGCUUGAGAAACUUGGGACAUCCUUGGUCCAGUCAGUGCUCAGAUCCAAGAUGCCAUGGGCCGCACUCAAAGCUGAAGCCAGCAAGCCUUCGUUCCGUCUUAGGCGUUGGAGCUUUUCCCACUUUGUUGACGAGGACGGGAAUCGAGUUAGUGCCAUUGACUUCCAAGAGGUUGCUGCCGACCAAAGUGGGAUCGCUCUUUGCAACGCAGAGGGGGCAGCUCCAUUCUUCUCUUCCAGCAGUCUUAGCUCGGAGGCACUGGCCUUGGCUCUCAUUGACCUGCCAGAGGAAGACAUCAUUGCGACAGCGAAGAUUCAGAAAUGCAUGAUCCCUGCCAAGUACAAAGCUACCGAGGAACCCGUUGUCUUUUUCGGCGGCCUCCUUCAACUUGGCGACGUCGCUGUCAAACGGAAAGCCUCUCAGAGCAUGCCUCAACCUGCAGUUGUUACUACCUCAGUCCUUAAGAUCCAAGCUUAUCGUGAUCUUCUUGGCACCUCCUGGGAGGCCGUAUCCAAAGCCCCCAUCCGAGAGCUGGCAGAGGCCACACCGGCCCUGCAACUCUGCAAGGAUAGCAAGUGCACUGGGAAGACAACCGACUGUCAAAAGGCACAUCCAGCUGUUGAUGAACAGUAUGAUGGGGUUAUCCUUGACCUCUGGAGCCGUCUCUUCACCACCAUGGAAGGCAAGAAGACGGAAGCCCAGGAGGCCGACUGCUUCUCAGUUUUGCUCCGGGUUCCCUCCUCGAUGGUGUCACAGAUCUUGCAACAACAGCCGGUCGGCUUCUUCUUCGAGCCGAGAUGUCAAACCACCAAGGGCCCGGACCCAAGGUACAAAGUGAUUUGGCUUCCUGGACUCGAUCAUCUCGCUGCCUCACAUCAAGCAAAGACCUGCUCCAAAACCGUUUGUCUCAUGCGCAUCAAGCAGCGCUUCGGGGUUCGAGUCCUGGCCAAAGACGAAGAGACAGCAUUCAAGGCAUUGCGACCCGGGGUACCCUACAUGGACGUCGAGGUCAAACAAAUCUACAAUCUCAUGCCGCUCCCACACGGCACUCAGAAGUCAGCAGUCAGCGCACUCUUGAAAGAGUGGAACUGGGCAGCUAAGCCACUACAGCCUGGGAAGGGGAAUGCCGAUUACAUGGCAUGGACAGUGGGUGCAGCUACGCCUCCUCCACAGCCUAUUAUGCCAGGGUUCAAGCUUGACAUCCUCAUCACCGAGGUCUUCAAACGAGCAUCCACAACCACCAAGCCGACGGUCAUGGCAACCCGCAAAACUGAGCAGCACAUUCGCAGCGCUGCAGCGGGACCUCCAGCCUCCAAUGAUCCAUGGCAUAACGGCCAGAGCAAAGACCCUUGGGCCAACUUUCGGUCCUCACAGCCAGCCAGCUCCACCGCAGCGCCUGCUGCACCAGCACGCAGGUAUGAUGACCUAGCAAAAGAGAUCAGGCAGGACAUCCAGCACGAUCUAGAUUCCAAGCUGAAGCAAAUCGGCACUGCCAAUCCAGACACCGACCAGCGCCUACUACAACUUGAGAGUGGACUGGCCGAAAUCCAAGCACAAAACAAGCAAUUCACUCAGUGGUUCGGCGAUGUUCACCACACCUGCCACAGCACACAGGCCUCCAUCAGCGAGCUUCAACAACAGGCAGUACACCAACAGCAAGAGCUCCAAAGAUUGGGACAAGAAGUCCAAAAUGGGCAGGCCAAAUUCCAGCAGUUAGUCCAGACAGCAGUGCACGAGGUCAAGAGUGAUUUCGCCAAAGAGAUGAAUGGCCGCUUUGACACGUUGGAGGCCAUGAUGGCCAAGAAGGCCAAACACGAGGCUUGA